CGCGGUCUCCGGUGAUUGGCGGGAAGCCGCGGGGGGCGCGGCCGCCGAUUGGCCGCUGGCGGGCUUCCGGCGGGGCUCUGCCCAGUUCCGGCGAGGGCAGCGGCGGGGCGGCAGGAUGGUGCUGCUGCACGCGCUGUUCGAGCACGCGGCCGGGUACGCGCUGUUCGCCGUGCGCGAGGUGGAGGAGAUCAGCCUGCUGCUGCCGCAGGUGGAGGAGAGCGUCCUCAACGUGGGCAAGUUCCACAACGUGGUGAAGCUCGUGGCCUUCUCGCCCUUCAAGUCGGCGCAGAGCGCCCUGGAGAACAUGAACGCCGUCUCGGAGGGCGUCCUGCAUGAGGACCUGCGGCUGCUCCUGGAGACCCACCUGCCCGCCAAGAAGAAGAAGGUGCUGCUGGGCGUCGCCGACGCCAAGAUCGGGGCCGCCAUCCUGGAGGAGCUGGGCUACCAGUGCCAGACCGGGGGCGUCGUGGCCGAGAUCCUGCGGGGGAUCCGCCUGCACUUCCACGCGCUGGUGAAGGGCCUCACAGCCCAGUCGGCCUCCAAGGCCCAGCUGGGCCUGGGCCACAGCUACUCGCGGGCCAAGGUGAAGUUCAACGUGAACCGCGUGGACAACAUGAUCAUCCAGUCCAUCAGCCUGCUGGACCAGCUGGACAAGGACAUCAACACCUUCUCCAUGCGCGUGCGCGAGUGGUACGGCUACCACUUCCCCGAGCUCAUCAAGAUCGUCUCGGAGAACUACACCUACUGCCGCCUGGCCAAGUUCAUCGGGAACCGCAAGGAGCUGAGCGAGGAGAGCCUGGAGGGGCUGGAGGAGAUCGUCAUGGAUGGCGCCAAGGCGCAGGCCAUCCUGGAAGCCUCCCGCUCCUCCAUGGGCAUGGACAUCUCCCCCAUCGACCUCAUCAACAUCGAGAGCUUUUCCAGCCGUGUGAUCUCGCUGUCCGAGUACCGCAAGGGGCUGCAGGAGUAUCUCCGCUCCAAGAUGAGCCAGGUGGCUCCCAGCCUCUCGGCCCUCAUCGGAGAAGUGGUGGGCGCUCGUCUCAUCUCGCACGCCGGCAGCCUGACGAACCUGGCCAAGUACCCGGCGUCGACGGUGCAGAUCCUGGGGGCUGAGAAGGCCCUCUUCAGGGCUCUGAAGACGCGAGGGAACACCCCCAAGUACGGCCUCAUUUUCCACUCCACCUUCAUCGGGCGGGCGGCCGCCAAGAACAAGGGACGCAUCUCCCGCUACCUGGCCAACAAGUGCACCAUCGCCUCCCGCAUCGACUGCUUCUCAGAGGUCCCCACGAGCGUCUUUGGGGACAAGCUGCGGGAGCAGGUGGAGGAGCGGCUGGCCUUCUACGAGACCGGGGAGCCGCCGCGCAAGAACCUGGAGGUCAUGAAGGAGGCCAUGGUGGAGGCCAACGAGGUGGUAGCUGAAGUCAAGAAGAAGCAGGAGAAGAAAGAGAAAAAGAAGAAGAAGCGGGAGAAGCGGCGGCUGGAGGCUCUGGCUGCGGCUGCGGAGGAGAUGGAGAACUCGGUGCUGGAGACGGAGGAAAACGAGACAGAGCCCAAGAAAAAGAAGAAGAAAAAGAAGCAGCAGCUGGAGGCUGCCUCAGAGCCAGAGGAGAAUGGGCUGGAGGAAGAGGCCCUGCCCAAGAAGAAGAGGAAACUCUCAGGAGAGACUGUGCAGCUGGACAAAAAGAAGAAGAAAAAGGCUAAGGAGCUGGAGGAGGAUUAGGGAAGCAGGGAGGAGCUGGAGUGGGGCCUGCGCGCAGCAGUGCCAGCUCGCAGAGGGGUUGGCGGUUCGCUCAGCGCAGCUUUGUGCAUGGCUCGUCAUCUGGUGUCCAGCAUUUCACGGCCGCUGCAUGUCCUAGAAUGUAACGCAGCGGGGCAGCCGCCAUUAAACCAGUUUUGGUACUUCGUGUCCCGGGUGAGUUCGUUCGCCCCGGGGCCGGGCCAAGCCGCGCCUGUUCUCGGGGCAGCGCUUUGCCUGAGCUGCGCUGUGCCUCUGACGCAGCGCUGGCUCCCAGAGCCGCCUGCGAGGCCCGGCCCUGGGGGGGGCUCGGGGUUGUGGUGGGGUUUGCCGCAGUCUCGGGGAGGGGGGGACGGGACAUCUGCCGCGGUGGCAACGCCUGCAGCCCACGCGGUGCUGGCCGAGCCCCAGACCCUGCUCUGAUCGGGGCGGGGGGCAAGGACACAGCUCGCAGUGUGACUGAACCUCAAUAAAUGGCUGAGGCUGUUGUUGA